GGUACAUUUCGAGUCUUCAGUUCUGAAGUGGUUUCAACGUAGCAACAUGUCCGCACCAACAAAAUCCCCAGUCAAAAAGAAGCCAGCAGCGCCUAAAAAGCCAGCUGAUCAUCCACCUUAUUUGGAUAUGAUCAAGGCUGCCAUUUCAGCGCUGAAGGAGCGAAGCGGUUCUUCUCGCCAAGCCAUCGAGAAAUACAUCAAAGCCAACUACAAGGUUGGUGAGGUUGGCUCGCACUUGAAGAUGGCUUUGAAGAGAGGCGCCUCAAGCGGAAAGCUUCUACAUACCAAGGGAGUUGGUGCUUCAGGCUCCUUCAAGUUGCCGAAGGAGGAAAAGAAGGAGAAGAAGCCAAAGAAGAAGCCCGCUGCCAAGAAGAAGCCCGCCGCCAAACCGAAAAAGCCUGCCGCCAAGAAGGCAGCGAAGAAACCCGCGGCAAAGAAGUCUGCGAAGAAACCAGCAGCGAAAAAGCCAGCAGCAAAGAAACCCGCAGCUAAGAAACCAGCAGCAAAGAAGCUCGCAGCUAAAAAACCCGGCAAGAAAGCGGCCAAGAAACCCGCGGCAAAGAAGCCUGCCAAGAAGCCUGCCGCCAAGAAAACGGCUAAGAAGUGAAGUGCGACGAUUCUACAAUAAACAAAACGGCUCCUUUAGGAGCCACCACAUACAAAAAAGUAAUGAUCAGUGAAUGUAUUGUAUAGAUCGAUAACUUUUAUUAUUCAAUAUCAUUUCUAAGCCAACUUGAAAGUUUGAAGUUAGCUCUGGUUACCCGUCAUGCUUGACUAUAUCCUAUUUCCUUUUUUCUUAAUUCAUUCGUUCACUUAUUAUCAUUCCCGGGUAUUAUUAUAAUCAUAGUUACAAUGGAUUAGUUAUAAUCCAUGGCAUGCAGGUUCAAAAAAUAUACAUAAUAACAAAACAAAUAUCAACGCUGGAAUAUACAAAGAGAAGUGAGAAUUGAAAACAAAAGCAUAUAAAAUAAAUGUAAUAUAGUCUUCCCUCCUCUCAGUAUAAAGGAAAGAAAGAAGCCCGUCCUCAAGCAUCUUUAGCUCGUGUACCAGCGACACAAAUCACUUCUCCAUUGCCUUCUUUGAGGCAUUUUAGUUGAGAAGGUGGUCUGUUUCGGAGGUCUUCAGAGAGUUGUCUCACAAAGGCCUUAACGGUACAGUAAAAAAGCGCGGAAAGGGUAAAAAUAAGACUAUAAAAUAAGACUGGAAUAUAAUUAGGGUAAUGCUUUUUCUUUAACUACCUAAGCGCACUUGUUGAGGUAUAAAUAGCAAGCGAAUUGCCGAAGGAGAUGUAGUAAGAUGUAGUAAGAUGUAGAGGUCUAAUCUCCUUGAAAACGAUUUUUACAAUUUUGAAACAAAUUCUUUAUGCUUUGC